UGCCGCCACUGCCAUCAACUCAGAUGUCGGGACUGUGUCUCGCAUGAGGUGGACUCUCAGUACUGUCAACACUGUCUCGAAUACAUCCCAUCCAUUGACGCCAAACUCAAGAAGAAUAAGUGCGCCUCUUGUUUCCAGUGUCCCUCUUGUAUGCAUACAUUGACCACAAGAGCGAUCAUCACUCAGACUCCGAACCCGACGGACGCCACACAAACUCAGCCCAAGAAAGUGUUUUUCCUGAUCUGCUAUUACUGUCGCUGGUCUUCCAGAGAUAUCGGAAUCCCUGACCAAUCAGUGGCGUCUGGAAAUUGGCCCGAAUUGGAGACACCGAACGCCAAACGACUGGACGCUCUGUUGGAUCGCUACAGA